GUGACGCGCGCCCACGUGCACAUACGCACACUCGUAGCAGAGCAUCAUAGAGGGAGAAGCAGCGAAAAGCGGUUUGGAGGGGAGGGCGACGGGCUUCGACUUUGGAUGCUUAGUCACAUCUUGCCUUGCCCUGAGAGGCGAGGGAUGGAGCGGGUAGAAGAGAAACACUGAGCGGGUCAGCGGGAGAAGAAGAUACGGAAGAAAGCAGGGGGUGCCGCUAAAUCUGGAGUAGAUGAUGCUUAAAUGCCGCAGGCCCCGCCAUCGUGAAAUUGGAUACCGACUUGCGGCGGAUGGGGUGACCGAGCUUGCUGCUCCGCCGGGGAGGUCCCUGCCUUCGGACGUUACCGGGGUGGGAGCUGCCUGUGCCCGGUUCUAAGGAAGGAAGGAUUGGCAAGCGGGAAAAUGCAGACGGAGGAGGAGACGGCCACCGCAGAAGAGCCCAUUUUGGACGAAGGGUCAGGACGAGACCAGCAACGGCCAGUCCAACAGUCUCUGGGCUCCUCCCUGUGUCGGGAGUCCCAUUGGAAGUGCCUCCUCCUGACCCUCCUCAUGUACGGCUGCUUUGCCACGCUCGCCUGGUGCGCUCUCUGUCGCGUAUCCGUUCUCAGCUCUUCCAUACCUCACGGCGCUGACGGCGAUGCCACCUCGGCGGCCUACUAUAAUGACAUCCUGCACCUGGAGAGUCCGUGCUCUAGCGGCUACGUCUACAUCCCACUGGCCUUCCUGGCAAUGCUGUAUGUGGUUUAUUUGGUGGAGUGUUGGCACUGCUUCUCCAAGACGGCAAUGCUGGCUCAUGCUGAAUUCCAGGAAGUGUAUGAGCGUGUGCAGAGACUUCAGCAGGCCACACCCUGCAUUUGGUGGAAGGCCAUCAGCUAUCACUACGUGAGGAGGACCAGACAGGUGACAAGAUACCGCAACGGAGAUGCAUAUACCACCACACAGGUCUACCAUGAGCGGGUGAACACUCAUGCCUCCAGUUCAGAGUUUGACUAUGCCCGCUAUGGUGUCAAAGACGUGUCGAAGGUGCUGCUGGACCUGCAACUGCACCCUGCUGUUCGCCUCCGUUUCACCAAGUGUUUCAGCUUCUCCAGUGCACGUGCUGAAGCUGCCUACCUCACCCAGCGAGCGCGCUUCUUCGGAGAGAACGAGGGGCUUGACGACUACAUGGAGGCCAGAGAGGGGAUGCACCUGAAGAACGUAGAUUUCCGUGAACACAUCCUGGCGUUCCCAGAUCCUGCCCACCAGCCCUGGUUUUCUCGGCACAGGGUCUUCUGGCUGGCUUCUGCUCUCCUCUUGUCAUGGCCGCUGCGGGUUGUGUCCGAAUAUCGCACAGCGUACGUCCACUACCAUGUGGAGAAGCUGUUUGGGGAGGACGAGGACGGCGGCGGAGGAGGAGGUGGCGGAGGACGAGGGGACGGGGUUGAAGGAGGGACAGAGAAUGGAAUCCACCCUGGGACUGGUCUAAAUGGGAGUUACAGAGCCAUCUCUCGCGUCAACACGGUGGACAUGACAGAAUUGGAGUGGCACAUCCGCUGUAACCAACAGAUGGUCCCGAGCUACUCCGAAGCCCUCCUUAUGGACUUGGACAUAAGCGUGGGGACUAACCCUACCGCGUCUACGCCCAUCUCUGGGCCUACGAGCUCCACCCCCAGCCAGGGCACUAACCCUCCUCCUCUAGCUCUGCCUGUUGUCUUCAACUCGGCUUACCUCCUCCAGAGCUGCCCCCGAUGCCGGAGGACCACGUCCAGUUCCAGUCUUCCCUCCAGGCUAAGGGCCCCCAUGGGAACCACAGCCCUCCUGAACGCUACCGUGGCAGGGAUCAGGGCAGUGGGGCAGGGGGGUGGGGGUAUAGGAGGAAGGCUGGUGCUCAGUCGGAGCGGAUUCUCUCUGGGGAGACUGGGAGGAGUGCGCCAGAACAGCCUGUUUCAUUCGAGAAGCAUGGGAGGAGGGCUGGGAGGAAGUAGGGAAGAUGGAGGAGGAAGUGGUGGAGGUGGGGGAGGUAGCGGAGGAGGAGGUGGAGGAUUCCUUGGGUUAGGUUCAAGACAGGACAACGAGGAGACCAGAGGAGUGCUAGAAGGAGAAGGGGAGGAGGAGGAGGAGGAAGAGGAGCAGCAGCAGCAGGAGGAGGUGACGAGGAGGGAACAGGGAAGAGGAGGCAGAGAGAGGGACGAAGAAGCAGAGCAAGACGGUGGAGGGUUAGGCGAGGUGAGGGAGGGUGACGGGGGAGGGAGGGAACGUCCGCCGUCCUACCAGGACGCAUUCUUCUUCCCCGUCCUCAUCGUACACGGAGAGGAGAGCUGCCACGCUGGAGACGACAUGUGA